AUGAAGAUCUCAGUGGCUGUGUUGACUUUGUCUCUCUUCUACCUUAGCGUGGCUGAACAUGUGCUGGAUUACAACUGCAGGAGCGUCUUAGAAAAACUGGAGGAAAAACUAGAUGAUCUGAAGAAAGAAGUCCGAGGUAACCGGGUGGCAUUCGGAGCAGCUCUUGGCAAUGUUAGAAAUGUUGGACCUUUUAAAAAUGAGAUCACACUGGUCUACAAGAAGGUCUUCUCAAACACAGGAUCAUACAACCCUGCAACAGGUAUUUUCACCGCUCCAGUCAAAGGAUUCUACUACUUCGGCCUCAGCGGCCAUAAUGACUCAACGAGAUCAAUGGGUCUGCGACUGAUGAAGAACGGAGAGCAGAUGGUUAUAGCAUUCAACCAUGCGGCUGGAAGACGCCACGAGACAGCAACCAAUGGCAUGACUCUGCAGCUUGAAGCGGGAGACCAGGUGUACGUGAGACUCGUGGCGCACACAUGGGUUUUUGAUAACGAGGACAGCCCCAGCACCUUCACUGGCCAUUUGCUAUUCCCUUUGUAAGUGGAAUAAAGUAAAAAUAAGAAAGUCUUGAUUAAAGUCAAGAAAUCAAACCAAAGUUUUCAUGUUAACAAUGAUAGUGGAGAAUGAAACAUGUACAUUCACUGAUCACUGAUGAUUAAAUGACAUAAAAUGGGAUAUUCUACUUAUACUUGGAAAAUGCAUAUUCAGUCAUAUUAUG